AUGAUGAUCAUCGCCUCCAGCGCCAUGUCUGUGACCAUCUCGUCCUUCAUGCGCGCUGGCAUGCAGGGCAGGAGCCCGUACGCCAGCAUCUUGGGCAGCUCGGUAGCCAUCGUCGUAGAUGAUCAGCUGCGCCGCCUUACCGAAGCCCGCCGAGUACUGCCUGAGGCUCUUGCCGACACCCAAGGAGCCUCGAAGACCCAGGAGGGGUUCAUGAAGUUCGUGGCCCUGCCGCUCUUCUGCGCCCUGGAGCGGGCGGCACCCUCGGCGAGGCCCCUCCUCGUGCGCGUCUGCCGCAACUGCGAGCGCGGGAGCGAUCCGGCCGCCUGCACGCAGGCGCCGCUGUCGCGCAUCACCAGCGCGAGCACGCAGGCGCUCGGGGACCUGAGCGCCAGCACCCAGUCGGCGGUGGCCCACGACGAGCUGGAGUUCUGCUGCGUCGAGCAGGCGGAGGCCGUGACCGAGGAGCCCGAUCCGCCGCUGUACGUGACGCGCGCGAUCUCGAAGGAGUGACAGCGGCCGGUCCGCGCUCGCCCAGCGAGGCGGAGCUCUCGGCAGUUGCCCGCUUUGUUCGCGGUGGCGGCCCAUCCCGCCGCAGGGGGGGGCCCGCCGCCCGUGCGGGCUGGCGCCCCCCCCGACUGGCUGGUGCCCCCUCGGGGAGCCCCCGCCGGGCGAGUGCCCGCGGGAGCGGCUCGCGGCCCCAUCUGGCGGGCUCGCGGCUGCGUUUCGCGGCUGCCCGAUCCUCUCCCCCCUCGCGCGCGGCCCUCCUCGGCCCACUCAUGGAUCUCUCGAUCGACGCCCGUUCGCCAUGCCUCCCGUCCUCUUUCCCAGCUCCUUCCGAGUUGCUAGGGCUAGCUGGACUGUCUGCGGGUAGGAGCAGCCACCCGCGAUAGUUGGCGAACAGCCAGCCGUGUCGCCAGCCGCGAUAGAUGGCGAAGAGCCAGCCGCGUUCCCAAUACCCGCUCCCCGUUUUCGGCAGACGGCCCUGAACGCACGUCGCUCGAAGAGGCACCAUGCUCUCGGUGAUGCGAGCAGACUGGCAGGAACUGCGCCCAGCGGUGUCUGACGCAUCCUCCUAUGUGUCAACCUGAAGAAACGGGGCCGUGCCGCUCUUCUUUCAGGCCCAGGCA